CUCACAGAAAGAAUCCCGCCCUGGUGAGAUGAGCAGACAGGAUGGCUACUCGAUCGGUGGACCGGCACUGAAAACACCUGAAAGGACUCUUCUGGUUAUUGUGGGUGGCUGUGAGGCCCAGCGGGGGGGGUGAGGAGAGGUCAUGCCCCUGGUCAAGAGGAACAUAGAACCCCGGCACGUCUGUCGCGGGUCCCUGCCCGAGGGGAUUGGCAGCGAGCUGGAGUGUGUCACCAACAACACUCUCUCUGCCAUCAUACGCCAGCUCAGCAGUCUAAGUAAACAUGCGGAGGACGUCUUUGGAGAGCUUUUUAGUGAGGCGAACACCUUUUAUGUGCGUGCAAACGGUCUCCAGGACCGCAUCGACCGCUUGGCUGUCAAGGUCACCCAGCUGGAUUCCACUGUGGAGGAGGUCUCUCUACAGGACAUCAAUAUGAGGAAGGCAUUUAAGAGUUCCACAGUGCAGGACCAGCAGGUGGUGUCCAAGAGCAGCAUGCCCAACCCUUUGGCGGAGAUGUACAGCACCAGCGACCGGCCUCCUCCUCUCAGCGUACUCUCUGCUUACAGAGACGACCACACUGAUGGGAUGAAGUUCUACACGGACCCGUCAUACUUCUUCGACCUGUGGAAGGAGAAAAUGCUGCAGGAUACAGAGGACAAGAGGAAGGAGAGAAGAAGACAACGGGAGCAGAAGCGGUGUGUUGAUGGCACUCUUCAGCGUGAGGUAAAGAAGGUUCGUAAAGCCCGAAACCGCCGCCAGGAGUGGAAUAUGAUGGCGUUCGACAAAGAACUGCGCCCUGACCACCGUCAUCCUCAGUCUCUCCACCGGGGGGCUUCGUCUGAGGGCUCCCUCUCCCCAGAGAGCCGGUACUGUCAUGACCUGGCAGAAUACCCAGGCCUCCACCAUGUUGCGUCCCACCAUGCUCUGGCUCACCCCCACCUGCCCGCUGACGUCCACGAGUCCAUAGAGCACGAGUACCACAUCAUUGGAGGCACACACUCACCACCUCACCAACGCUCCGCUCACAGAAUGAAUGGCACCGUGACGCUUCCGCCGGAAGACUACAAUGUGAUGGAGUACUACGCCAGUUCUGGACCAUCCCCCCCUCCCCCAGCCCCUCUCAUCCCAUCCGCCCAGACAGCCUUUGGCUCUCCUGUGACGUCCCCCGCCAGUCAGACUGGACCAGUACCAGGGGCCGUGGGCUACGGUUUCCCACCCCUACCUCCGCCAGGCCCACCUCCGCCACCGGCACCCCCCGCACUGCCCCAACCUGCAGGUGAUGGGAAGAGACAGGACGCCCAGCACGUGCCUGGGACUCGAAGUGACCUUCUGUCAGCUAUUCGUAUGGGUAUCCAGCUGAAGAAGGUGCAGGAGCAGCAGGAGCAGCAGGCCAAGAAGGAGCUGGUGGGGAACGACGUGGCCACCAUCCUGUCCCGACGCAUCGCCGUGGAGUACAGCGACUCGGAGGACGACUCAGAGCUGGAGGACAACGACUGGUCAGACUGACCCCGACCGACAAAGACAGUGCACUUUAAUGUGGAUGGUUUAUGGGAGUCAUUCUGUAUAUUCAAUCAGGGACACUGUUUGCACUGAACAGUUCUGGAUAACCUUUGGACACGCACGGCCACACAGUUUCUGUGCAGCUGCGGGUGAAAUGUGCUGUUUCAUCAUAAUCACGUUCUGCAACAGUCAGCAUAUACUGACAUCACAUGCAUCAAGAACUCCAGCUGCCCUUCAGAGAUUUGAAAAUUACUUGUGAAAGGGUUAAUAUUGAUAAUUGAGAAUAGGCUGAUGGGUCCCACUCAUGAGAUGUUCUGUGCUGUAAAUGAGUGUACUUUAGUGGCGAUGCAAUGUGCUGAAGUAUUCAGAUUCAACUGAGAGCUACGUUGACCAAAAUUCCAAGUGGGGAAUUUAAACUUUUACAGCUAAAGUUUCUGAUCCCUCUAACAGAUACUAACAUUAUCAUUUUAUUUAACAGAAAUGUCCAACUCUGUCCUGUAAGUGUGACUAAUCAUUGUAUAGGAUUUGAUCUGGAUUUCCCAUCUUCUGUUAACACCCAUGAAUUUAGUAUCAUGACCUGUUUGCCAGGAAAAGACAAAUACAUACUGUCAUAAAAGUAUCCCCUUAGAACAUGUUACGCCCAAUUAAAAUCCCAACCACAUCCUCGCUUAA